AUGUCUGACCACCAUCCAAGAGGAAUAUUAAGGAAUAAAUCUGUGAGCGAGGACAGUGUUCACUCUCCCCCAUUACCAGAUAAAUUGGAUAGACAAGAGGUCAUAAAGAAUACCAAGUUGAAUGCGCAGUUACAUGAUGACUCCUCAAGAGGUGAAGAAAUCAGAGCCAAAAUAGCUCAAAAGAAGAAGGAACAAGGAUUGGGUGAAAAUGACCAAUUACCUGAACACUUGAAAUGGGAUGAAUUGAACAUCUAUAAGAAUGAGCAAGAAAAGAGCGCAACCAUGAAGAUAGAUGAACCAAAGACGCCGUAUGAAGGUGGAUUUGAUCCUGAGGGAGAGUAUUACAAAGACGACGAUGAUGAAGAAAGCGGUACCAAUUCAAAAGCUAAUGGCGAGGAGAUUCCAGAAUUUGAAUUGGGAGAAGGCGAGUAUGACAAGUUGCCACAGAACGUAAGUUCUUCACUCCAUGGUGGUGAAGUAUACAAAGAUGAAGCUGAACCUAUAGAGGAUCCAGAAGACAAAGAAGAGGAAAAGCCGUUAACUGCAGAAGAAAGACACAAAAAAUUUGAGGAAAAGAGGAAACAGCAUUAUCACAUGAAAGCACUUCCCUUAAAACAUAAAAUAGAUGUACCAGAUCAAGAGUAA